AAGGAUGGAGUAGCUGUCACCAAAGAGAACAGGCUGAAGAAAGGAGCAGGCAGUGUAGGAGAUCUCCUUGUGUAUCAGCAAAAGCAAGGACCAGCUUUUACAGACCAGACGAAACAGAAGGACAGAAUAGUUGCUCAGAAGAGACACAGCCAAAGAGAUAUAAGUGGAAGGAUUGCAGAGAGAAGAACGAGCAGAAGAAAAGAGCAACCAUUCCAGGUGAUGUGAGCCAUGAACCCCGGCCAUCUUCCGCCGUACCCAGGUCCAAUGUCCUCCUACCCGCCACCCAUGGCAGCCCCGCUGUACAGAGCCCCCUACCCGGGGGCCUACCAACAGCCUGUGUACCCCCAAUAUAUGGCUCCUGCAUAUGGCUACGGGCAGACGGUGUACGUCAUGGAGGAGCAGCGGAGGACAGAUUCUGCUCUGGCCGGCUGUCUGCAAGGUUGCCUGGCCGCCCUCUGCUGCUGCUGCCUUUGCGACAUGAUGACUACUUGCAACUGAGUGACUCCUCAUUCCCGGGAGCUUCAACUCUGUUUUUGUCCCCCAGGCGGUUUUCUGAUUCUUUACCGUAAUAAACAGAU